AUGGGAAAAAAUAAUAAAAAAAAAAAACAAAAAUUAAAUGGGGAAUUUGAAAAUAUUUAUAACAAAAAAAGUUUAAAUCAAUUUAUCCCUUCUUAUGAUCCUAAAAAAAAAAAUCAAAAUCAAAAUCAACAAUUUUUAAAUAAUCCCCCAGAAUAUUUCCCUCAACAACAACCAAAUCCAUUACAAAAUGGAAUUGUUUAUGCUCAAGUUCCAUCAAACGUUCCCCAAUCUCAACAAAAACAAUUAAAUUCAAAUAACCAAUGUGAAAAUGGAAACCAUCUUCAACAACAACAACAACCACAAUAUGGGUUAGGGGAUUUUCAAAAUAUUAUACCACCACCGGAAAUCUAUCAUCAUUCAUUGUACAAACAAAAUCAAGAACAUGUUAUUCCGGCAGUAAUUUUAUUCGUUGCUGGUUUCUUUUUCAUUAUUCCUUGGAUUGUAAAUGUGAUUUAUUUAAAAUCAAAAAGUAGAAUUGCCCGUGGACUUGCAAUUUUUUCCGUUAUUUUAUUUUCAAUGUUCUUAUUGUUAGUGCUCAUAGUGUGUAUUACCAUUGGUUUAUCAGAAUGA